AAAAAAAUUGCUGCUUCACCUGCCAACUCUGAGCACCAUCCCGUCCCCACUGUCCAUCUCUCCCAGACCAGGGCGCCCCCUGCUGUCCGGGUCUCUGUCAAAGCCUCGGUGGGGUCCUCAAGAAUAACAGGCUGGAGAAGAUGGUGUUGCGUCGUCUGACACGCUGUCCCCAGGACACAGUGACCUUCUCCGAUGUGUCUGUGAACUUCACUCCGGAAGAGUGGACAUGUAUGGACGCCUCUCAGCGAAAGCUGUACAGGGACGUGAUGCUAGAGACCUACCAGCACCUGCAGGCCAUCGGGCGUUCCGAGGUGAAGCCUGCUGUGAUCUCCUGGCUGGAAGGAGGAGCCCUGAGGCCAGGGAGGAGAGGUGUGUGUGCAGAACUCCACCCGAAGCUUCGGGAUGUGGCACUGCCACAGUUUGAUUUGGGAAAGGGAUCAUCCAAUAUGAGUGAGCUGGGAAGCAGCCAGCCCCAGUGGAUUGUCUCUGAUCCUGCGCACUGUGACAGAUUCUUGAGUGAGCCAUCCUGCCUUCAUCCUCUUGGGGAUGCUGAGAUACGCUGGACGUCUUCUGAGGGUGACUGGAAGGAAGAGAGCGACCUUGCUCCAAAGAAGCCCUCCCCUAGGAGAAGCUCCUCGCAGAGAUUUCACACUGGAGAGAAACCUUAUGUUUGUAGGGAAUGUGGGAAGGCCUUCUCUCAGUCAGGGGACCUUUCUACGCACAGGAAAAUUCAUAGUAAAGAGAAUCCUCAUAAAUGUCAGAAAUGUGGGAGGGCUUUCACUCUGUGUUCAAUUCUUACUAGACAUAUGAAAAUUCAUACUGGAGAGAAACCUUAUGUUUGUAAGGAAUGUGGGAAGGCCUUUGUUUAUUCCUCUAGCCUUACUCAUCAUAUAAGAAUUCACACUGGAGAGAAACCUUAUGUUUGUAAGGAAUGUGGGAAGUCUUUUCUUCAUUCUCCAGAUUUUACUAGUCAUACAAGAAUUCAUACUGGAGAGAAACCUUAUGUUUGUAAGGAAUGUGGGAAGGCCUUUGUUUAUUCCUCAAACCUUACUCAACAUAGAAGAAUUCACACUGAAGAGAAACCUUACGUUUGUAAGGAAUGUGGAAAGUCUUUUCUUUACUCUUCAGAUCUUGCUAGUCAUACAAGAAUUCAUACUGGAGAGAAGCCUUAUGUAUGUAAGGUAUGUGGGAAGGCCUUUGUUUCUUCCUCACACCUUACUCGUCAUAUAAGAAUUCACACUGGAGAGAAACCGUAUGUUUGUAAGGAAUGUGGGAAGCAGGAGGAGCCUGUGUGCCGACGCUCUCUGGAUGAGUCCUGCAUGAUGCUGACCCUCGGCGAAAGAACUGUGGAGAUGUUGGUCUCCCUGAUGCAAACCUCCCCUGGGCGGAAGUUCUCCUCUGUUACCACCAUCCUUCCUAGCGGCCUGGCCUUCCCCAUUCCCGCGUGGAUCCUGCAGCAGAUGCUGCACUGGUCUGGAUGCCUCCUCCCGUACUUGGAGCAGGUUCUCAAAGAUGAAGAUGCACUGAAGCAGUGA